CAGAGGAGGAAUUUCAGGAAAAGGUUGAAACAACGAAAACAGCUGCGAGCACAGAAAAGACAGGCACGGAGAGGAAGGGACGUAGUCAGCCAACAGCCGAGCUAUGUGGCAAGGCAGAGUGGGAGGACGAGACUGAAUCUGUCCGGUCAUUUUACCCAUUUGACAUCCAGCUAAGGUUGCUAAGGGCUUUUAGCUUCGAAGUCGAUUUUCGCCCUACAACGUUAGCUACCUGGAAUGCGACAACGCGGCAGAGAGAUAACAAACAGGCCAAACUAUCAGACGACAGGGACGUUCAGUUCAAGCUGCCAGGCUGUGUUUUUCCUCCUGAGUCCACCUCUUUUUGUUAGGAGGAAAAAAGAGAAGAUAGAACGAACCGGAGAGCAGCCUGACCAAGAGGAAAUAGAAACACAGAGGACAGAAAGAGGCAGCAGAGUUACCCAUCCAGCCACCAAACUCACAGAGGAAGGAAGGAGAGAGACAGAGAGUGAGACAGCGAGAUAAACCCCAUCAUUCAGAGGGGAUUCUGGGUGGAAUGACCCAGUCAUGAUGUCACAGCCGUGCAACACCCCACGCCCAGGUGACCAAGGAGGGCGUGUCCGGCUAUCAGCCAAUCACAGAGGCUGCCCCAAUAGUGUUAUUUCCGAUUCCAGUUCAGAGACAUUUCCUCUCAAGAGCCUCCUGCAUCACUGACACUCUGCCCCUCUGGUCGUAUCUUCUGUGCCCACUCCUGCUUCCUCUGGAGUCCUUACUGUUUCAUGAUUACCAAUCUUGGGAUGUUGGCGUCGCUUUGUGGCAGCUGCCAUGGAGAUAAACAGAUUCCUUUAGUAGACCAUUUUAAACACAACCUCCAGAUGUUGUGCCAGAUGCACGUUGUCCACACGGGCAGAAUUAGACAAGGACAGGCACAGAGGUGCUGUGCGGCUCAGCUUCCUAAUUCUCACUGUUUGACAACAUCACAGCAGGAAGUAUAGGACUUCCUUUUCCUGUGGAACAUUUUACUCUGCGUCCUGGCACUUGUGAGGACCUACUUGACCCUGUUGCAAAUUAGUCAAGACUCUUAUCCUCCAGCAUAGAAACCAUGCGGCACAUUCAUGUGGAGUUAGCCCACAAAAAGGCUCCAUUAGAGCUUUCAGCCCAGGAGGGGGACCUGCCUCCACCUGAAGCCCCAACACAGGGCCUUGACCCUGGUGUCAGAUCGGGGACGCCCAGGCACUUUGGCCAGGAGCAGUUGCGGCUCCAAAAGGUCUACCAGCUCUCCAUUUUCUCCCAGUUGGGGGGAUUUUCUACCUCCACAGAAUCCCACACUGAUGCCCAACAGAGGCCUGUCCGGUUGGGUGGGAAAAGGGGGCAAGAGGAGCCCCAAUUGACUCAUAAGCGCCCCCACCUGGGCGACUCCACAGACCAGGAGGAGGCAUUGGAGGGGGGGGUGCUGUGUGGGCCAGCCCCAGCUCAAGGUGUUGGGAUGGGUUUAGCGAUGGGCCCUAGUGGGCCUGGUUCUGUAUACUCUUGCACACAGAUGGAGCACAGAGAAUCUGAGGGGGGACUGUCACCCAGGUCUCCACCCCUCUCCCCAAGCCACAACCCUUCCCGACGGCCAACUCAGCACAAUCAUGACAGGCCCAUUCCUGAUGUAUUUUCUCCACUCUCACCUAAAUCACCCCCAAUGUGUGACCCACAUAGUUCAUCCAGGACUGAGUCACCUAACGGGGGCCACACACCCACCUACUCACUAGGUAGCCCUGCAAAUGAGAGCUGUAGUAAUGGCUCAUCUGGAGGCCAGCCCAGCCCCCACUUAUAUGAAAUGUCCACUUAUGAGACUCCCAAUCCCGCCAGUCCCACCAGCCCUCCAGGCCCUUUCUCCCCACCACACCACACAGAGCUGCAGGAGCCAGGGGAGGCCACUGAAUGGGAAGUUGGACUUGAAUCCUCCCCACCUGAGCGAAGUGCCACCCAGACUGCCUCCUCAUCCUCAAAUGGCCUGGCUUCCUGGGAGAAAACACCCAGCAGUAAUGGCCACCGGCUAUCCUCUGGAGGCCAUUGGCCGGCCAAAAAGAGGCUGCUGCCCCCGAGCGACACAGGCGAGUCAUGUUCAGAAGAUGAGGGACCCUCCACAUCCAAGAGAAGCAGGCUGUCAUUGCUGGCUCCAGGACUUGGCCCGGCCUCAUGUCGCAGCACUGAUGCUAAAGCUGCCCCUUACUGGAACCACCUGCUUCCUUCUGCACGGGAUCGGCCUAAGACCACCACAGACUGCACAAGAUCAGGGAGACGGCUAAAAAGUGGGCUGCGGCUGAAAAGUCGGCAGCUGCGCAGCGGCAGACACACAGACACCAGCCGCUCCACACGUUCCAGUUGGCCCUCAUCUUCCAUCAGCAGAUCUCUGCUUGGCAACUUUGAGGAGUCCAUACUGAAGGGACGAUUCUCCCCGUCAGGCUGGAUCGAAGGCUUCACGGCGGAGAUUGGUGCCAGUGGCUCCUAUUGCCCACAGCACGUAACCCUGCCGGUGCAGGUUACGUACUACGACAUCUCAGAGCACAGCGCACCCUCACCCUUCCUGGGGGUGAUAUCCCUUGAGCCUCUUGGAAAGAAAGGAUAUAGCAUACCCAAAGCAGGGACCAUUCAAGUGACCUUAUUUAAUCCCAACAAAACUGUGGUGAAGAUGUUUCUGGUGACCUACAACUUCGGCGACAUGCCCGUUAAUCACAUGACCUUCCUGCGCCACCGUAUCUUCCUGGUGCCUGUAGAGGAGGGGGUUGAGGGGAAAGGCGAGACGUCUCCAGGGGGCGGAGUGCUAGACAGGAAGAAGAUUCUCUGCUACCUGAUUCAUCUCAGAUUCCAGAGCUCCAAAUCUGGGAAGAUCUACUUGCACAAUGAUAUCCGGCUGCUAUUCUCCCGCAAAUCCAUCGAAGUGGACACAGGGAUCCCUUAUGAGUUGAAAUCUUUCACCGAGGUGCCAAGAAACCCUAAAUACUCCCCCCGCGUGUGACCCCAGCUUCACCCUUUGACCCUCCCCAAAGCCAACACAGCCCCUCCUGUGCUUUACGGAGGGAGGAAAAUAGACAGACUGCUAGAAUGAUGGACACAAAACUUGAUAAGACUUGAUGAGACACACCACAUGCACACAAGACACACAUGCACAUAUGAGACAGUGUUGGUGAUAGUAAAAGUCCCCCUUUUAUGCAUUUAUUCACCAUUGAAAAUUCAGACAGUCAAAACAAAUUGGUGAUAGAAAAUUUCGAUCAAGCAAACAUGGCAGUCCUUGUAUCUUCCAUUUAUUGAAAAUAUAAAACAAUAUUAGAAACGCUGCCUGUAUGCAGUCAAAAGCAGGACUUUUACAACAUCUUCAUCUGUACAGAGAAAGACACACACACACCACACACACCACACAAACAGAUUCACUCAGAAACACUUACUACACACAUCACAGCUGCAACACUUCUGGUGGUGACUCUGAGUUCAGUGUUAACAUGCAUGCCUUGUGACUUACACACCUGAAUUUUCCUCUAGUGCCGUAUCACACUGUCCUUCACUCUGCCUGCAGCUCCAACCGCUUCAUCGGACCAAUAAUUUUCAAAACUUUCAAAAGGCCACAAACAAUAAGCACAGCCCUGAUUGUAGGGUUAAGAAAAUUGUAACCCCUCCCCCACUUUUCACACAAUAAUACACUUUCUGACCAGCAGAGAGGAUAUGAGCUGAGACACAAACACUAGUGAAAGCCAAGGCUGAAAUGGAAUUGGCUAUCUUGACCAGAUGUCUUACCAUUUAACACAUGAUUUAAAAAAAAAAAAAAACACACCGGCAUGAUUUGACCAAACUCAGGACAAGUGUUGAGGAAUACAUUUCUCUUCUUACCAUGUCACCUACCAUGGUACAGACCACUGUGUACACUUCAAGCCAGGAGGGUCAUACCAUGUCAAUGAAAAACAGGGGAAUCCAGUUAAUUUUAUGUAGCCAGACUGAGGGACACUGUGCUGUUUUCUUUUUAAUUUUUUUCUUUUUUUAGAUUAUCUUCAAAGCAGUCUGAUGUUGGAGCAGAAAAUG